CCGCCCCGGCCCGCCGCCCUCGCAAUAAGGGGCCUGAGCGCGCGGGGGAGAAGCCGCAGCAAGAGCGAGAGCGAUCUGGCCGCGCCGUCGGGCGCCGGGCCGGGCCAUGGAGCUGUGGCCGUGUCUGGCCGCGGCGCUGCUGUUGCUGCUGCUGCUGGUGCAGCUGAGCCGCGCGGCGGAGUUCUACGCCAAGGUCGCCCUGUACUGCGCGCUGUGCUUCGCGGUGUCCGCCGUGGCCUCGCUCGUCUGCCUGCUGCGCCACGGCGGUCGGACGGUGGAGAAUAUGAGCAUCAUCAGCUGGUUCGUGCGAAGCUUCAAGUACUUUUACGGGCUCCGCUUCGAGGUGCGGGACCAGCACAGGCUGCAGGAGGCCCGGCCCUGCGUCAUCGUCUCCAACCACCAGAGCAUCCUGGACAUGAUGGGCCUCAUGGAGGUCCUUCCGGAGCGCUGCGUGCAGAUCGCCAAGCGGGAGCUGCUCUUCCUGGGUCCCGUGGGCCUCAUCAUGUACCUCGGGGGCGUCUUCUUCAUCAACCGGCAGCGCUCCAGCACUGCCAUGACAGUGAUGGCCGACCUGGGCGAGCGCAUGGUCAGGGAGAACCUCAAAGUGUGGAUCUACCCCGAGGGUACUCGCAACGACAAUGGGGACCUGCUGCCUUUUAAGAAGGGUGCCUUCUACCUGGCGGUCCAGGCACAGGUGCCCAUCGUCCCCGUGGUGUACUCCUCCUUCUCCUCCUUCUACAACACCAAGAAGAAGUUCUUCACUUCAGGAACAGUCACAGUGCAGGUGCUGGAAGCCAUCCCCACCAGCGGCCUCACUGUGGCAGACGUCCCUGCACUCGUGGACACCUGCCACCGGGCCAUGAGGACCACCUUCCUGCACAUCUCCAAGACCCCCCAGGAGAAUGGGGCCACUGCGGGGCCUGGCGUGCAGCUGGCCCAGUAGCCCAGACCACGGCAGGGCAGGACCUGGGGAGGGCAGGUGGAAGCCGAUGGCUGGAGGAUGGGCAGAGGUCCCCCAGGCUUCCAAAUACCACUCUGUCCGGCUCCCCUGGCUCUCACUCGGCCCAGGAAGCAGGAAGCUUCUGUCACUGGCCUCAGACACGGGCCCCUGGCAUCCCCUGCAGGGGGCUCAGCUGGACCCUCCCCAGGCUCAAGGGCAGGGACUUGUGCCCACGGCGCCUCUGGGAGCUGGGAUGGUGAGGAUGAGGCCUGCGGCUGUGCCCACAGGUGGGCUGAGCCACAAGGCCCCCGAUGGCCCAGGAGCAGAUGGGAGGAUCCCGAGGUCCGACACACACCGUCCGAGCCCUCUGCUCAGCCGCCUGGGACCCACCAGGAUGUAGCUGGGCUCCAGGGUCCAGCCCACAAGCUGCAUCAGGCUCUCAGGGAGAGGAGGGGCCUGGAGGGCCGGGAGUCCCAGACUCACGCACCCUGGGCCACAGGGAGCCGAGAAUUGGGGCCUGCUGCUCCUGCCGGCCUGGAGGACUCUGUGGGGUCAGCAUUGUACUCCAUUGCUGUUUUUUUAUAAACACAUUCUUGGAAGUGGC